CGCUGCUGCUGCUGCUGCUGGAGUCCCCCCGUUUUCCCAGCGCCUGGCUGUGUUCCUGCGGAGUGGCGCUGGGUCUGGGGCUUCCGGUGCGCGGCGCGUGUGUGUCAUGGUGGGGCCUGGGCUGUGAUGGCCGAGGAGGAGAGGGACAGGCAGCAGCCGAAGGCAGCGAGACGGAGGAGCAGGAGCAGGAGGAGGAGGAGGAGGGGGGCAGGAGGCAGCAGCUGAGCAGCAGCAGGAGGAGGAGGAGGAGAAGGGGCGAAAUGGCCGCCCACAAACCCCUCGAGUGGGUCCAGGCCGUCGUCAGCCGCUUCGACGAACAGCUUCCAAUCAAAGCCAGCCAACAGAAUACUCACACCAAAGUCAGCACCGAACAUAACAAGGAAUGUCUCAUCAACAUUUCCAAGUACAAGUUUUCCCUGGUCAUCAGCGGCCUCACCAAUAUCUUGAAAAAUGUUAACAACAUGAGGAUAUUUGGAGAAGCUGCCGAAAAGAACUUGUAUCUCUCUCAGCUGAUUAUUUUGGACACGCUGGAAAAAUGUCUCGCUGGGCAACCGAAAGACACCAUGAGGCUUGAUGAGACGAUGCUGGUCAAACAGUUGCUGCCGGAGAUCUGCCAUUUUAUCCACACUUACCGGGAAGGGAAUCAACAUGCUGCCGAGCUCCGCAGUUCUGCCUCUGGAGUCCUUUUUUCUCUCAGCUGCAACAACUUCAAUGCAGUCUUCAGCCGUAUCUCCACCAGAUUGCAGGAAUUGACAGUGUGCUCUGAAGACAAUGCAGACGUUCACGACAUCGAACUCUUGCAGUACAUCAGCGUGGACUGUGCUAAAUUGAAGCGCAUAUUGCAAGAGACGGCCUUUAAAUUCAAAGCCCUCAAGAAAGUAGCGCAACUGGCAGUUAUCAACAGUCUUGAAAAGGCGUUUUGGAACUGGGUGGAAAACUAUCCAGAGGAAUUUACAAAGCUGUACCAGACGCCACAGACUGAUCUGUCAGACUGUGCAGAGAAGCUCUUUGAUUUGGUGGACGGGUUUGCAGAAAGCACGAAACGCAAAGCAGCUGUUUGGCCGCUGCAAAUUAUACUCCUUGUCUUGUGUCCGGUCAUCAUCCAAGACAUUGCCAAAGAUGUGGUGGAUGAAAACAAAAUGAACAAGAAGCUAUUUCUGGACAACCUCAGGAAGGCACUUGCAGGCCAUAGCGGGAGUAGACAGCUCACCGAAAGUGCAGCCAUUGCUUGCGUGAAGUUGUGCAAAGCAUCGACCUAUAUCAGCUGGGAAGACAACUCUGUCAUUUUCCUUCUAGUGCAGUCGAUGGUGGUCGAUCUCAAGAACCUGCUCUUCAACCCUAGCAAGCCUUUCUUGAGGAGCAACCAGAAUGCCGACAUUGACCUCAUGAUCGACUGCUUAGUGUCCUGCUUUCGCAUCAACCCAAAAAACAACCAGCACUUUAAGACCUGCUUGGCACAGAAUUCCCCAUCAACAUUUCAUUAUGUCCUGGUAAAUUCACUCCACCGCAUAAUCACAAAUUCUGCGCUGGACUGGUGGCCCAAGAUCGAUGCUGUGUAUUGUCAUUCGGUGGAACUCCGCAGCAUGUUCAGCGAAACCCUCCACAAAGCUCUUCAAGGUUCAGGUGUGCACACUCCGAUUCGCAUGACGCCAAGUCUUACAUUUAAAGAGAAAAUGACAAGCCUUAAAUUUAAAGAAAAACCUACAGACGUGGAAACCAGAAGUUAUAAGGUUUUGCUGUUAUCCAUGGUAAAGCUCAUCCAUGCUGACCCAAAACUCUUGCUCUGCAAUCCAAAGAAACAGGGGCCCGAGACACAGGGCAGCACGGCUGAACUCAUAACAGGGCUUGUCCAGCUGGUGCCCCAGUCCAGCAUGCCUGAAAUAGCUCAAGAAGCCAUGGAGGCCCUACUUGUGCUUCAUCAGUUAGACAGCAUUGAUUUAUGGAACCCAGAUGCACCCAUUGAAACAUUUUGGGAGAUCAGCUCACAGAUGCUGUUCUGUAUAUGCAAGAGGCUAACAAGCAAUCAGAUUCUCAGCAGCACCGAGAUCCUCAAGUGGCUGCGGGAGAUUUUGAUCUGCAGGAACAAAUUUCUCCUGAAAAACAAACAAUCAGAUAGGAGCUCCUGCCCCUUUCUCUUCCUUUAUGGGGUAGGAUGUGAUGUCUCUGGCGGUGGAGCAAGUCAAAUUUCUCUUGACCACGAAGAGAUGAUGCGUUGUAUCCCAGGAGCCACACUCCGGAAGGGCAAAGGGAGCUUCUGCAUGGAAAGCACUGCAGGUUGCAGUGGGACCCAGAUAUGUCGCCAAGCCCAGACCAAAUUGGAGGUUGCCCUAUACAUGUCCCUCUGGAGCCCUGACACUGAGGCAGUGCUGGUUGCGAUGUCGUGUUUCCGACACCUUUGUGAGGAAGCGGAUAUCAGGUGCGGAGUGGACGAAGUGUCGGUUCACAACUUUCUGCCCAACUAUAACACCUUUAUGGAGUUUGCGUCGGUGAGCAAUGUGAUGUCAACAGGAAGAGCUGCCCUCCAGAAAAGAGUGAUGGCAUUGCUGAGGCGAAUUGAACAUCCAACAGCGGGUAACACUGAGGCUUGGGAAGAUACACAUUUAAAAUGGGAAGCGGCUACAAAACUCAUCCUCAACUAUCCAAAGACUAAGAUGGAAGAUGGCCAGGUUGCUGAAAGCCUUCAUAAGACCAUUGUCAAGAGGCGGAUGUCCCAUGUCAGUGGUGGCGGUUCCAUAGACCUCUCGGACACAGAUUCUCUGCAAGAGUGGAUCAACAUGACCGGCUUCCUCUGCGCUCUUGGCGGGGUGUGCCUGCAGCAUCGCGGCAGUGUGCCCUUUCCAUCCUACAGCCCUCCCAUGGGCCCUGUGAGUGAGCGCAAGGGCUCCAUGAUAUCCAUGCUGUCGACCGAAGGCAACACAGAGACUCCUGUGAGCAAGUUCAUAGAUCGCUUGCUGUCUCUAAUGGUCUGCACUCACGAGAAAGUGGGCUUGCAGAUACGGACCAACAUUAAAGACCUCAUGGGCCUUGAGCUGAGCCCGGCCCUCUAUCCAAUGCUCUUCAACAAAUUAAAGAACACUAUCAGCAAGUUCUUUGACUCUCAAGGGCAGGUAUUAUUGAAUGACACUAACACUCAAUUUGUGGAGCAGACCAUUACAAUUAUGAAGAACUUGCUUGAUAAUCAUACGGAAGGGAGCUCAGAACACCUUGGACAAGCCAGCAUUGAGACCAUGAUGUUGAAUCUGGUCAGAUAUGUGCGUGUCCUUGGGAAUCUAGUACAUGCGAUUCAGAUUAAAACCAAGCUCUGUCAGCUUGUGAAGGUGAUGAUGGAGAGGCGUGAUGAUCUCUCCUUCUGCCAAGAGAUGAAAUUCAGGAACAAGAUGGUAGAAUAUCUGACCGACUGGGUUAUGGGGACAUCCAACCAGGCGACAGAUGAGGAUGUGAAAUGUCUGACAAGAGAUUUGGAUCAGGCAAGCAUGGAGGCGGUGGUGGCUCUCCUUGCAGGACUUCCACUGCAACCAGAAGAAGGCGAUGGAGUUGAACUGAUGGAAGCUAAAUCCCAGUUGUUCCUCAAGUACUUUACGUUAUUUAUGAACCUCCUCAACGACUGCAGCGAAGUUGAAGACGAAAGCGCACAAACUGGCGGCAGAAAACGCGGCAUGUCGCGAAGACUGGCGUCAUUGAGGCACUGCACUGUUCUGGCCAUGUCAAACUUGCUGAAUGCGAACGUGGAUAGCGGCCUGAUGCACUCAAUAGGGUUGGGGUAUCACAAAGAUCUCCAGACAAGGGCUACGUUCAUGGAAGUCCUCACCAAAAUUCUCCAGCAGGGCACAGAAUUUGACACCUUGGCAGAAACUGUGUUGGCAGACCGUUUCGAGAGGCUGGUGGAGUUGGUUACCAUGAUGGGGGACCAGGGAGAGCUGCCCAUCGCUAUGGCUUUGGCAAAUGUGGUGCCUUGUUCACAGUGGGAUGAACUGGCUCGCGUCCUUGUCACCUUAUUCGACUCCAGGCACUUGCUCUACCAGUUGCUUUGGAACAUGUUUUCUAAAGAAGUCGAACUGGCAGACUCGAUGCAGACGCUCUUCAGAGGGAACAGCCUGGCUAGCAAAAUCAUGACCUUUUGUUUUAAGGUCUAUGGGGCGACCUAUCUGCAGAAGCUUUUGGAGCCUUUGCUAAGGACCAUAAUUAUGUCGACUGAGUGGCAGCAUGUUAGCUUUGAAGUGGACCCUACAAGGUUGGAAUCCAGUGAAACUCUUGAAAAUAACCAACAGAGCCUCCUCCAGAUGACAGAGAAAUUCUUCCACGCCAUCAUCAGCUCCUCUGCGGAGUUCCCACCCCAGCUCCGAAGUGUGUGCCAUUGUCUCUAUCAGGCAACUUGCCACUCUCUCCUGAAUAAAGCUACCGUAAAAGAAAAAAAGGAAAACAAAAAAUCAGUUGUCAGUCAGCGGUUUCCACAGAACAGCAUUGGAGCUGUCGGCAGUGCCAUGUUCCUGAGGUUCAUCAAUCCUGCGAUAGUCUCUCCGUACGAGGCUGGGAUCUUGGAUAAGAAGCCACCGCCGAGAAUCGAAAGGGGCUUGAAGUUAAUGUCUAAGGUUCUACAGAGCAUUGCCAACCACGUCUUGUUUACAAAGGAGGAACACAUGCGGCCUUUCAACGACUUUGUCAAAAGCAAUUUUGAUGCAGCUCGGAGGUUUUUCCUUGACAUUGCGUCAGACUGUCCGGCAAGUGACACGGUCAACCACAGCCUUUCGUUCAUCAGCGACGGCAACGUACUUGCUCUGCAUCGCCUGCUUUGGAACAAUCAGGAGAAGAUUGGCCAAUACCUUUCCAGCAACAGGGACCACAAAGCUGUUGGAAGGCGACCGUUCGACAAGAUGGCGACUUUGCUUGCAUACCUUGGUCCACCCGAACACAAGCCUGUGGCAGACACACAGUGGUCCAGUAUAAACCUCACCAGUUCCAAGUUUGAAGAGUUUAUGACUAGGCACCAGGUACAUGAAAAAGAGGAGUUCAAGGCCCUGAAAACACUAAAUAUUUUCUACCAAGCGGGGACUUCAAAAGCUGGCAACCCUGUUUUCUACUACAUCGCUCGCCGGUUCAAGACCGGCCAGAUCAAUGGGGAUCUGCUGAUAUACCAUGUCCUGCUGACGUUGAAGCCAUACUACGCAAAGCCAUACGAGAUUGUGGUGGACCUCACUCACGCCGGCCCCAGCAAUCGUUUCAAGACAGACUUCUUGUCCAAGUGGUUUGUCGUUUUCCCGGGGUUUGCGUAUGAAAACGUCUCCGCCGUGUUCAUCUACAACUGCAACUCGUGGGUGAGAGAGUACACCAAGUACCACGAGAGGCUCCUGACGGGCCUCAAAGGCAGCAAGCGGCUCAUCUUCAUCGACUCGCCCGGGAAACUGGCGGAGCACAUCGAGCACGAGCAGCAGAAGCUUCCAGCGGCCACCUUGGCUUUGGAAGAAGACCUGAAGGUUUUCCACAACGCACUCAAGCUGGCCCAUAAGGACACCAAAGUCUCCAUUAAAGUUGGUUCUACAGCUGUUCAAGUGACUUCCGCAGAGCGCACAAGAGUGCUGGGACAGACGGUGUUCCUGAACGACAUUUACUACGCCUCUGAAAUAGAAGAGAUCUGCCUUGUCGACGAAAACCAGUUCACCUUAACCAUCGCCAACCAAGGCACGCCUCUCACCUUCAUGCACCAGGAGUGUGAAGCCAUUGUUCAGUCCAUCAUCCACAUACGGACGCGGUGGGAGCUGUCGCAGCCUGACUCCAUACCGCAGCAUACGAAAAUCCGCCCAAAGGACGUGCCUGGAACCCUCCUAAAUAUCGCGCUGCUCAACCUGGGGAGCUCUGAUCCAAGCCUACGGUCCGCGGCCUACAAUCUUCUAUGUGCCUUAACCUGUACCUUUAACCUAAAGAUUGAAGGCCAGUUACUGGAAACGUCGGGUCUGUGUAUCCCUGCCAACAACACCCUUUUCAUUGUCUCUAUCAGUAAGACUCUAGCAGCCAAUGAGCCUCAUCUCACCUUAGAGUUUUUGGAAGAGUGCAUUUCUGGAUUUAGCAAAUCGAGCAUUGAACUGAAACACCUCUGUUUGGAAUACAUGACCCCUUGGUUAUCAAACCUGGUCCGCUUCUGCAAACACAAUGAUGAUGCCAAACGCCAACGAGUCACCGCGAUUCUGGAUAAGCUUAUCACCAUGACAAUAAAUGAGAAGCAGAUGUACCCUUCCAUCCAAGCCAAAAUAUGGGGGAGCUUGGGACAGAUAACUGAUCUGCUUGAUGUGGUGCUGGACAGCUUUAUCAAAACCAGUGCCACAGGGGGAUUAGGAUCCAUCAAAGCAGAGGUUAUGGCUGACACGGCUGUAGCUCUGGCUUCUGGGAAUGUGAAACUAGUUUCCAGCAAAGUCAUUGGAAGGAUGUGCAAAAUUAUCGACAAGACCUGUCUGUCUCCAACCCCUACAUUAGAGCAGCACCUGAUGUGGGAUGACAUUGCCAUUCUUGCCCGUUACAUGCUGAUGCUCUCCUUUAACAAUUCCCUCGAUGUGGCGGCACAUCUCCCCUACCUCUUCCAUGUGGUCACUCUCUUGGUGGCCACUGGUCCUCUUUCCCUUCGAGCUUCUACCCAUGGCCUGGUCAUCAACAUCAUCCAUUCUCUGUGCACUUGUUCGCAGCUUCACUUUAGUGAGGAGACCAAACAGGUCUUGAGACUCAGCUUAACCGAGUUCUCCCUGCCCAAGUUCUACUUGUUGUUUGGGAUAAGCAAAGUGAAGUCGGCCGCUGUCAUCGCCUUCCGGUCCAGUUACCGAGACCGCUCCUUCUCUCCUGGCUCCUACGAGAGGGAAACGUUUGCACUGACAUCCCUGGAAACGGUCACAGAGGCCUUGCUUGAGAUUAUGGAGGCAUGCAUGAGAGAUAUUCCAACCUGCAAGUGGCUCGACCAGUGGACGGAACUAGCUCAAAAGUUUGCAUUCCAGUAUAAUCCGUCCCUCCAACCAAGAGCACUUGUCGUCUUUGGGUGUAUCAGUAAGCGAGUGUCUCACGGACAGAUAAAGCAAAUCAUCCGGAUUCUUAGCAAGGGUCUCGAGAGCUGCUUGAAAGGCCCCGACAACUACAAUAGCCAAGUUCUAAUAGAAGCCACAGUGAUAGCACUAACCAAGCUGCAGCCGCUCCUCAAUAAGGACUCGCCAAUGCACAAGGCCCUUUUCUGGGUGGCCAUGGCCGUCUUGCAGCUGGACGAAGUCAAUCUGUAUUCGGCAGGCACUGCGCUCCUUGAACAAAAUCUCCAUACGCUGGACAACCUUCGGGUCUUCAACGACAAAAGCCCCGAAGAAGUGUUCAUGGAGAUCAGAAGGCCUCUGGAGUGGCACUGCAAGCAGAUGGACCACUUUGUGGGACUCAAUUUCAACUCUAACUUCAACUUUGCACUUGUGGGGCAUCUGCUCAAAGGCUACCGGCAUCCCUCUGCAACCAUUGCAGCAAGGACCAUACGGAUUCUGCACACGCUCCUCGCUCUGGUUAACAAACACAGGAACUGUGACAAGUUUGAGGUGAAUACCCAGAGUGUGGCUUACCUUGCAGCUUUACUAACUGUGUCCGAAGAGGUCCGAAGUCGAUGCAGCCUCAAGCAUCGGAAGUCUCUCCUGCUGACCGAUAUUUCGAUGGAGAAUGUCCCCAUGGAGACAUACCCCAUACAUCACAGUGACACCAGCUGUAGGACACUAAGGGAAAACCAGCCGUGGUCUUCUCCCAAAAGCUCUGACAGACACCUGGCUGCCAACUAUCCAACGGUGGGCCAGAUCAGUCCACGCACACGGAAGUCCAUGAGUCUGGAUAUGGGGCAGCCUUCUCAAGCCAACACUAAAAAACUACUAGGUACAAGGAAGAGCUUUGACCACUUGAUAUCGGACACGAAAGCGCCGAAAAGGCAAGAAAUGGAAUCGGGGACCACCACGCCGCCCAAAAUGAGGAGAGUAGCAGAAAAUGAUUAUGAAAUGGAAACGCAAAGGAUAUCGCCCCAGCAACAUCCCCACCUCCGGAAAGUAUCGGUAUCUGAAUCCAACGUUCUCCUGGAUGAGGAAGUCCUCACGGAUCCCAAAAUCCAAGCCUUGCUGCUGACUGUCCUUGCAACUCUAGUGAAAUAUACUUCGGAUGAGUUUGACCAGCGAAUCCUGUACGAAUAUUUGGCAGAAGCCAGCGUUGUGUUUCCAAAGGUCUUUCCUGUUGUGCACAAUUUAUUGGACUUCAAGAUAAACACCCUGUUGUCGCAGUGUCAGGAUCCAAAUUUAUUGAAUCCAAUCCAUGGCAUCGUUCAGAGCGUGGUUUACCAUGAAGAAUCGCCGCCCCAGUACCAAACAUCUUACCUGCAAAGCUUUGGAUUCAACGGUUUAUGGAGGUUUGCGGGACCAUUUUCUAAGCAAACACAAAUCCCAGACUACGCUGAGCUCAUAGUGAAGUUCCUGGAUGCCUUGAUCGACACCUACUUACCUGGGAUUGAUGAGGAAACCAGUGAAGAAUCCCUGCUGACCCCAACCUCUCCUUACCCUCCUGCAGUCCAGAGUCAGCUUAGUAUUACUGCGAACCUGAACCUCUCUAAUUCCAUGACCUCCCUUGCGACUUCCCAGCAUUCCCCAGGCAUCGAUAAGGAGAACGUGGAACUGUCCCCCACCACGACGCACUCCAACAGCGGAAGGACUCGCCACGGCUCCGCCAGCCAAGUGCAGAAGCAGCGCAGCACGGGCAGCUUCAAACGCCACAGCAUCAAAAAGAUUGUGUGACGCUCUUUCCUCCCCCCCCCCCGUUUUACUUCGUUAUUUUAUUUUUUAACAAAAGACUGACAAACGCGCUCUUGCCCCAACCGCGCAAAGCGUUCCCGUCGCACUUACAUGUUGGAUCUCCCUCCUGGCCAUUUCUCCUGUCAGCCGUGGGGCCAGACGAUCAACUCUUGAAACGUUUCGUGUGGAUUUUAAUUUGGGGGGGAUUCGUUUUGUUUUAAUACAGCUGCCUUCGUGUUUUGUUUUUGUUCUGUUUUUUUACUGCCAAGCAAUUCCUUCUGUCUUUCAUUUGUUUUUAAGUCAUUUCUGACUUAGUGAACCGAACCACUUAAAGAGCCAGAGGAAAACGGAGAGUAGCCAGAAACGACAGCGAGGGUGUCCGGCGGUGGAAACGGCAUCUCGCGCAUGCUUCGGAAACCGCUGUCUUUCGUUGCCGCUGCAGUUUUGUUUCGAGGUGGUUGUUCUUUUGUCCGACAGCUCGUUUUGUAUCUACUUUAAAAGGAAAAAACAAAGUGUUAAUGUUCAAUCCUGUUUGCACAUUAGUGGUUUUGAUGGCCAACGGAGACGCUCAGCGUCCUGGUUUUCAUCCAACAUCCCUUUAACUGUGGACUUUAUUUUACUGGCUUCUCAGCUUUACCAGGAGAUGAGAGCCUUCGCUCAUUAUGAUCCAUUCAUUUCAGAGAAGCGGUGGCCAAGAUGCUUCUCUCUGUGGCUCCAAAAAGCAUACUUAGAUAAGCUUCUCAAGUUUUCUUUCUGACCUAUGGAUGCUUUCUUUUUUGUCAAAAUUCCCCUCUUGAUCAGGAGGUCAGGAUAAAUGCACACUGUUUGGAAGGUAUUCAUUGGUUCCUUUUCCGCUCCAGACUUGAGGAACACUGCGCAUGUGGGGUGCAAUGGAGUAUAUGGGUUUGCACCACUCUGGUGCAAACGUUAUUAAUUUCCAGGGAGUUUCUACCAGGAAUAUGUGCAAGUUCAGGUUGUCUGAGCAUGGAUGUUCAUGCCCCCGAGGGCUGUGAGUGGCACAUUUAUGUGCCUGUGACGCACGUUUUAUCCUGUUUUCAUAACUUCAGCCUGUUUCUAGCACUUCCACAAAACAAAGAUCAUAGGCUGAAGAUGCAGAGCUUGGGGAAAUUACCUUUUUGUACUUCCAAGGCUCUUGUGGGCUAGAAGGUUCUGGUACAAAAAGGUAGCUUUUCUCACAUCUGGUGUUAGCUCCUAAUAUUCUUUGAAAGGUUUUAUGUGGUGGUGGGCCUUGGUCCUCUGUUCACGUAUUCACAAGCACCAUUUUAAGCAUCUUCCAGGUAUAGAAAAUGCAGACUGAAAGAGCUGUCACAAGGAAAGGCCUUGUUCAAAAUACUAUAGAGGAAUACCUCAGUUAAUGAAUGUGUUGCUGGGCUUUACACUCGUCCCUCCACAUUUGCGGUUUUGGCUUUUGCAGGUUUGACUACUCACGGAUUUUAUUAAUAUGUCCUCUCUAGGAAUAUCUAGGUCCUCCAGCGCAACUCUGUGGUCAACUUUAACCAAAAGUCACACUGAAGGACCUAGAGAGAACACUCUACUAGGCCUUUGUAGCUCAUCCAGUGCAAUUCUAUGGUCAAUGUCUAGAAGAUGUUGACCACAGAGUUGCACUGGAGGACCUAGAGAUACCUAGAGAGGUAUUCUCCCAGGUUAAAACAUCAUGUGUUUGUUAUAUGUGGUUUUUCCACAUUCACGGGGGUCCUGCGCCCUUAACCCCAACAAAUGUGGAGCGACAAGUGUACUUCUUUAACCAGAACUUUGGUACCAGAGGUACAAAUAACAUGGAAAGAAUGGAGAUAGGUUCCUACACUGCAAUAAGAAGAGCAGUACAACAUGUUUCGGCAAACAUAUGACUCGAAACUAACAUCAUGCAAAAGUGUGCAAUUGUCUAGAUUUAUGAAUUCUUAAUUGUCUUAAUUUAAAAAACAACAAGAAAAACAUGUCAAGAAAAAAUAUAUAUUUACUGUUGGAAAAUUAAGUAGUUAAUAGGACUAAAGUUGUAAACUUUGUCUUUCAGUAAAUGAAAUUCCACAGCUGAAUAUUGAGAGGAUGGUACAAAAGAGGGCUCCAGAUUUAUUGUUGUCAGUUAGAAUGUUGUAUUAACAUUCAGUUAACAUGUAAUUUGUUUUGUAUAUAUAUAUAUCAAAGAACAAUUGCUCUUAUUGUUUUGAUAGAGAGAAGAACUGUUUUAAGGUUGGUUACGCUCCUGGGAGAGAGAGGAAGGAAGGAAUUAGUGAUGGGCACAAGCAUCUGAUGCCAACCGCCUACGAAGCCGAGAAGAGAUUUUUAAAAGAUGUUGUUGGAGAUGUAGAGAGAAAGAAGUGAGAGGGACAGACUUGGUCAUGUAGAAAACCCAGCUACAGAGAAUUUAAUCCAUUGGUUUGAGCUAGAGGCCCGUUGAAAGCCAGAUACACACACACAACACCCAGAAGGGUCGAGGUUACUUGGAUGCAAUAGCUGGCAUGCAGAGAGCCUGGUGGAAGCCAAAGACCAGAGAGGCUAGGAUCAGAGAUUUCCAAAGUCCAGGUAUUUUAGACUUGAGGAUCUUGGAGAACUUCUUGUUCUCCAGGUAUUUUAGACUUCACCUCCCAGACGCCACCAUAACCAGUAUCUAGGAGUCUUGGGAGCUGAAGUCCAAAACACCUGGAGACUCCCAAGUUUGGGAAGCGCUGGGCUAGGAAAAUCCUAAUAUUGAGAACAAGUGGGAUUCUGAGUUCUUCGUUCACCUAAAACAUUUGAGAGGAUUAACACUGCUCCCUGAUGGAAGUAUCCCCUUGGGACAACUCUUGAAAUCCCUCUUAAGUGGUAUCCGGAAACUCAGGAAGAAAAAGGACCAGGGAGAGGAGUAAUGUCCCUCCUUACAGUGUUCUUCUUCAUUCUUUCUGGGGUGUCAAAGGAACUGAAAUCCAGAAAUGUUUGUAGCUAAUAGCGGGAAGCUAGUAUAGCGAUGGCGAGAACAGUUGCCCUUUUCCAAGUCCUCUUCCAGUGACUGACUUGCUCAGUGCCUUUAAAUUUGCUUGCAUCCUUGCAUCCGCCUACUGAAAAUGUCUGCAGAUUUCUUUUCCUCAUCGCCAUUCUUUGCUUAACCCCCUUUCGAUCCCGCCAUUUGAACAACCCAAUGGGCGAUCCAGUGCCAUUGGUUUAAAACAUCUCCUUUCUUGCGUUGGAGUCGUACACAACGCUCCCGUAUCUUAAAAUCGGCGGACGUGGUGUAAGGAGAGUCUGUGUUGCUCGCUUCUUAGGGUGGCAUGGGUCACGGUCGGACCCUGUGGCACCUCUGUGCCUUUCUUUCCAAGAUAAAUCUCGGAUCAAUAUUGAUUCCGUGUUGGGAGAAAGGCAGGAUAUAAUAAUAAUAACAACAACAGCAACCUCUUUAGGGGAGAGAAUGUGUGUGAGAACAACUUGUUUUCAACUAGCUGACUUGGGUCAAGAAUAUGAACAUAAUGGUGCGAGAAAAUUUGAAACGCUCAUUCCACCUCUGGGGACUAGAUCCUCCCAUUGUAGUUGAGUAGACCCAUUGAAAGGCACAGGACUUGUUCAUUUACGUAAGCCCCUCAAUAGGUCUACUCUAACUAGGACUAAGAGUUGCUUUAGCCCAAUAUCGAGAGAGUCCAAAAACCUUUUGUCCUGCAGCGUUAAGGGAGGUAAGACCUGUAAAACAGACUUCUUCCCCAUCAAUGUGUCACCCUAUAAAUGUGGUGGACUAGAAUUCCCAUCAGCCACCCUAUAGAUGCGGUGGACUAGAAUUACCAUCAGCCUUCCACAACCUGGGUAGGGAUGGUGGGAGUUGUAACACAUUCAAAGGGUCUCACGUCGGGGAAGGCGGCCACGAAGGAUCCAAUUUGCACGCUCCUCCUCCAUGCGCGCCAUUAAGUACUGUAAAGACUGAGUGCAUUGUUCUUUUUCAUUUUGUAGUUUUAUAUUUUAAAGAACAGAUCCUUGCUUUUCAAGGCUUAAAGCCUGAUGCCUUUUCCGUGCAUUAAAGCCGCCAUCGGGUUCCACCUUCUAAUGCGUUUUGCCUUCGUUUUCCGCCGCCAGGAAACGCUUGGAAAAUCAAUGCGUUUGGGAACUUGCGCAUUUUCUGAAUGUGGCCAGUGCUUUUUUCCCUCCCCAUUCUUAGGAUUUCCUCUCCCUGACAUUUACUGUUUUCUAGUUUAAACCAUGCUCCCGAUGUAUUAAAGCGCGACUUAUUGUUAUGCGAGAGACUUGAACCACACAACUCACAUUUUUGCAUUGGCCACACGCUUCUUUUUUUUACAACACGCAGCGCAUCCAUCCUGUAAAUAGUUUUUGUGUAAAAUUUGACAGAAAAACAAAACAAAAAACAAAAAAGGUAUAUUUACUACACUGUAAAUACAUGUGACGAUAUAUUGUAUUAUUUGGCUUUUUUUGUAAAGCAGUUAGUUUACUGUACAUGUAUAACAUAACGAACUUGGGUUCGCCUUUAGCGUUUAGUAAGUGUUAAUGUACUACUUCUUUCUUCCCCCGCUGUUGCGUUCUGUCAUUUAAAGGAAGCAAGGCUGUGUACUAUAAACUUUAACGCCGUGUAUUAUAGAAACUUCCCCGUCCGAGCCUCAACUUGGAAGAUGUUUUCUUUCUUCUUCUCCUCCUCGGUCUACGCUCCUGUUAAUAUUUGUAAGCGCUUGUGCAAGAGACGGCAAGGCGGACUUUCCAGACUUGCACGCUUAUGGUCAUGGGAUGUGAGUAUCUAUCUUUAACGCUAUGGAUAGAGAUAGACACACAGACCUGUAGAGAUCAUGGUUUCCAAAAGAAAUGUUGUUUACCCCCCCAUUUUCCCUCAUGUAUGUACUUCCCUUUUUUGAAGUAAAAAAAAAUGUAAAUUCAA